UAAAUACUCUAGUCAACACAUGAAACUUCUUAUAAAUAACAAUUGGAUAUUUUUGGGAUUCUUCGUACUGUAUAUGUGUGCAACUUUAGUUUGUGCCUGCUACGUAUAUGGUGUAUCGGUUUAUUUUUUAAUAAUCAAUCAUUUUUGUGUGGCUUUUUAUGACUUCGUUUUACUUUAUACUAUUCGAUUGACGAUGGUACUGUGUAAAAUAUCUGAGCUAUGGAAUGAAGAAUUUAAAAAUUAUAUCAAUAGUCCUCUAUCAAUGAGAAUAGAUAAAAUGAAGAAAUUAAUUCAUUUAAAGAAGAUGUACGAGACCCAUUACGACCUUAUUGAAUCAUUUAAUAUUUUGAAGAAAGUUUCUUCAGUUUCUGUAAGUACACAAUUAUACCAUUCUAAUGAAAAAUGCUUAAGAAUAUAUAUCAGUAUUGCAAUUGAAUACAAAUCGAUAGAUAAUAAUUGAAUAUUUUACUUCCAUAGCAUAAUGAUUUCGACUAGUAGUCAUCUGAUUUUCGAAAUUCGAACUUCAUGGUUG